AUGGACAGCGCGGUGGAACCGCAGGAAAUUCACCUCAAAGUCUACAUCAGCCCAGCCACCAUCCUCUCCCUUCCUGCACCAGGGUUACCUCCAAACGCUCAGGUGGAUGUCAGUGCAAAUGACAGCUGCACCUCCUCAACAGUCCUCCACGCGCAAAGCUUGUCCGGCAACGAGAAGGUGACCAUGCAGAACCUCAACGACCGCCUGGCCUCCUACCUGGACAAAGUGCGCGCCCUGGAGGAGGCCAACGCCGACCUGGAGGUGAAGAUCAAGGGCUGGUACGAGACAUACGGCCCUGGAUCUUGCCGUGGACUCAGUCGUGACUACAGUGGCUUUCACCUAACAAUCGAGGAUCUCAAAGCAAAGAUUACCUCAUCGACUGCUGCUAACACUAAUGUCACUCUGCAGAUUGACAACGCCAGACUGGCUGCUGCUGAUUUCCGGCUAAAGUAUGAAAAUGAGCUCAGCCUCCACCAAAACGUGGAGGCCGACAUCAACGGGCUCCGGCGUGUGCUGGACGAGCUGACCCUGUGCAGGACGGACCGGGAGCUGCAGUACGAGUCCCUGAGCGAGGAGGCGACCUAUCUCAAGAAGAACCACGAAGAGGAAAUGAAGGCGCUGCAGUGCGCGGCCGGGGGCAACGUGAACGUGGAGAUGAACGCGGCCCCCGGCGUGGACCUCACGGUGCUGCUGAGCAACAUGCGGGCCGAGUACGAGGCGCUGGCGGAGCAGAACCGCAGGGACGCCGAGGCCUGGUUCAGCGAGAAGAGCGCCUCGCUGAAGCAGCAGCUGUCCCAGGACACCGGCGAGGCCACUCAGGCCAGGACUGAGCUGUCCGAGCUGAAGCGCACGCUGCAGACGCAGGAGAUCGAGCUGAGGUCCCUCCUGGCCACGUGUUACUCCCCCCUACUCCCCAAAAAAGAGCUUUCAUUCCAGAAACACUCGCUGGAGUGUUCCCUGAGCGAGACCGAGGGCCACUACUGCUCGCAGCUGGCCCAGAUCCAGGCGCAGAUCGGGGCCCUGGAGGAGCAGCUGCACCAGGUCAGGACGGAGACCGAGGGCCAGAAACUGGAGUACGAGCAGCUGCUGAACGUCAAGGUGCACCUGGAGAAGGAAAUCGAGACUUACUGCCGCCUCAUAGACGGGGAUGAGGGGUCAUGCUCCAAAUCAAAAGGCUUUGGGUCAGGAAACUCCGGGAAUUCAUCUAAAGAUUUUCCCAAGAUCACACUGGUAAAGACAGUGCUCGAAGAGCUGGAUCAGCGCAGCAAAGUUCUCUCAUCCAGGAUCCACUCCAUUGAGGAAAAGACACCGAAAGUGACCACCAUCAUGAAGCAGAGGGUUCCCUUCUAGCUGCCAUUUGGAGCCCAGCACACAUGCAUCAUCCUAAAUAUCAGAAU